AUGCCCAUAGUACCGGGCUCGCGGGUUGUUGCAGGGACAUGGCAAAAAGAAAAGGCCACCCCCCCUCCUCCCACCCUUGAUUUCUUUUUUAUCUAUCCCGCCUUCAUCAUCAUAUCAAGGAAAACGCAAGCAAACAUCAUCCCAAAACUAGACAGACACCCGCCCGCGCGCACACACACACCCCUCUCUCAUGCCUCAAAGACCAAGACGACACCGUCGUCGCCCGCGGUGACGACCCUCUCCCCCGUCUCGCCCUGCACGAAACCCAGCACGCCGCCGCCCUCGCCGUCGCCGCGGUGUCCCCUCCACUCCUUCACCAGGCCGGCGUCCUGCGCGCGCAGGUCCCACCGCCUCACGACGCCGUCCAUGCCGCACGUCGUCAGCAGCCACGUGUCCCGGACGAACUCGACCUUGACGACGCUGAACUCCUCGUGCGCGCCGGGAAGACUCCUCCGCACGGCGAAGCGCCGGCCCGCGUCGAACACGGUCACGCUCCCGUCCACGGACCCGGCCGCCAGCAGCGUCGACACCUGGCCCGGGCCGCCGCCCAUCGCCGUCGUGAAGCUCAGCGUCUCGAUGCUGUCCGCCGCCGUCUGCAGCGCCGCGAGGAUCUGCCCGCCCGCCGCCACGUCCGCGCCCGUCUUGCUCUUGCCGCCCCGGCCCGGCUGCGCGCUGCUCGCGAGCCUCGGCAGGCUGACGAUGCGGAUGGCGCCGCCCGCGCCGCCGACGGCGACGAGGGCGCCCUUGGGGUCGACGGCGACGCUGUACAGCCCGCCCUCGACCUCGAAGCGCUGGUCGUCGCCCGUCAGGGCCACCGUCGUCUGGCCGUUGCUGUCGACGAGGCCCUUGGCCGCCGCCUCGCCCCAGACGUCCCACACGUACAGGCUCGAGUCCUCGGCGACGGUGCACAGCAGGUUGCCGUCGGGCGUCCAGGCACCGGCGGUGACGGGCGCCUGGUGCAGCCAGUAG